AUGUCUCCUUGUUACAGACUAAACCACGCACUGGCAGGAUUGCGGCCUUGGUGGUGGCAUGCAUGUAACGUUGUGUUACACGCCGCGUGUUGCGCGCUGGUUGCCCGAGCAUGUGUAACCAUCGCGCGGUUGCAGCGACCGUUCGCUGCACUCGCUGCUUUGUUAUUCGCUGUGCAUCCUGUACAUACUGAGGCGGUAGCCGGAGUAGUGGGCAGAGCCGAUGUCUUAGCAUGUAUAUUCUUCCUCUCUUCACUUCUAGUUUAUCAUAGGCCCACAAGUAACAAGAAGUGCGUAUGGCUUAGCGUGGUGCUUGGAGCUCUAAGUAUGCUGGCAAAGGAGACCGGCAUCAUGAUAUUUAUACUCAAUCUCGUCUUCGACUUUUAUAGAUGCUGGCCGUUUGUUAAAAGGUCAAUAUGCUCGUUGAAGAUUGAAAAGAAAUGCAACGGCCUGUCAAUCCGGACUGUGAAAGUCAUUGUGUCAUUAGCUCUGUUAGUGUGCUUAAGGCUGGCGCUGCUGCAAGGCACCUGGCCGUCAUUCUCAUCCCAAGAUAACCCUGCCGCUUUUCAUCCUAGCUUCUUUGUAAGAUUAAUGACCUUCUGCUACCUGGCGGCUUUUAACUGGUGGUUGCUGCUAUGUCCGUGGACACUAAGUCAUGACUGGCAAAUGGGCUCAGUCCCUCUCAUCACCAGCGGCUGGGAUCCAAGAAACCUACUCACUUGUGCAGCCUUUGGGGCCUUGCUCCUUCUGUGCUAUCGUUUUAUUGCUGACAUGGAGGUCCAAAAGCACACACCAGCAGUCAUUGGGCUUCUACUCAUGGUCUUACCAUUUGUACCAGCAAGUAACUUGUUAGUCACAGUUGGUUUUGUAAUCGCCGAAAGAGUACUGUAUAUACCAAGCGUGGGCAGUGUGAUCAUCACAGCGUAUGGUGUUCAACUUAUGUGGUGUUCGAAACCUGGUACCAAGGUGGUUCUAGCUGUGGGUCUAGCGAUACUCGCCGGGAGUGGGGUAGCAAGGACUUACAGAAGAAAUACAGAUUGGAGAGAUCGCGCUACGCUGCUGAGAGCGGAUUUAGUGACUUUGCCGCAAAACGCUAAACUGCACUACAACUUGGCGAACUUUCUACGCGAGACGGAGCAACAAGACAGCGCCAUCAAACAUUACAAAGAAGCUCUGAGGUUAUGGCCGAGUUACGCAAGCGCCCACAACAACAUAGGUACUCUGGUCUCAGGCACGGAUAAAGCUGAACACCAUUUCUUGCAGGCCAUAAAGUAUAAUAAGUACCACGUGAAUGCACACUACAAUCUUGGCAAGCUUUAUAAAAAAAGUGGCCGAACACACCAAGCAAUUACGAUGCUAGAAAAAUGCAUAUGGCUACAGCCAAGUUUUGUACAAGCGCACGUGGAACUACUGGCGAUGAAACCAGAAAAUGAGAAACAGAGGGUACUUACAAAGCUUCUGAAAUUGGAGCCGAAUAAUUGGGAACAUUAUUUAUUGUAUGGCGACUGGUUAAGAAGUAGAGGCUUACCAGCGCCUGCCGCCAAAUAUUACUUAGAAGCAACACGACUAAGCUUCAAGUCUCGAGGUUUGGAACGAACUGUAAGAGCAGACCUAAUCACCUUCAGAUAUACCGCACUCAUGUACCGUUCACUGGGACAGAAGUCACGAACUCUGCAAUUAUUAACGAGGUGGCACACUUGGCGGCGAGGAUGGCCCAGUUCAGCAGCAGCACACAUGUACUUAAGAGACUGGCGACUGAAAAUCGAGUUGGCUGGUCGAGCAAAAAUUUAUUCCAAGGCUGGUAAUCCUACUAGGUCAACAAAAUGUUUCGAACCUUUGCAGCUGUCAGUUACGUCAGAAGAAGAAAAAACACUCAAAAAAGAAGACAAAAACAAAACAGUGGACACAAAAAGUGCAAUAAAAAAAACAAGUGAUAAAAAAUCUAGUGACAAUACACCGUGUGGGACCAAAAAACGUAAUUUGUCUGUGUCGUCACAAAUUAAAACAACACACAACAAAUCCGAAAUUGGAAUGAAAGACAAAAAGUGUACUUUGCAUAGGAAAGAUAAGAAAAAGAAGAAUGUUUUAGCCAAUAUGGAGGCACCUCUUGCGGAACAUAUAUUAAUGAAAACAUAUUAA